CAUUCACCAAUGAAGAGAAUUUGACCAAUGAAAAAAUGAUUCUGUGUUUGAAUCACUGCCGUAGUGUAUAUGCAAUAUUACUAAAGUUUCAUGUUUCUUUAUGCUUUAAUUCAGUGUUAAACAGUGGGGUGAGUACAGGACACAUAAUGAAGGACAUUAUGUGGGAAUCCUCUCUGUGCAGGAGCUGUCCGCCAGCCGUGGUGCUGAACUCAGUCUCUUAUGUGGGCUCGCUUGUUUUCUUUGCCGUGCGCAUCUCCGUCUACUGACUGCAACUCGGGACGGAUUAAAGCACGCGGACGGAGGUUAAACGUCAUUCACUAAUUACUAAACGUGGAGCUCGGCUACCCUCUUACGGCAGACGUCAGGAUGAUAAGUGUGCUCCUGGAUAGUGGUGUGUGGAAAUUAAAGCGGUGGAAAAAUUUGUUUCAUUUCAGAUUUUUUAUUUUAUUUUAUUUUAGCACGCUUCAGUGUUUUAGAUUAUAAAUAAAUUGUAAUGUAAAACAAAGGUGAUUCUAAGUAAAUCUAAACAGAAACAUUUAAAUGACGAUUUGCUUGCUGAAUGGACACUCUCUUCCAGGAUUUACCAGAGCAGCAUUCAUAGUUCACUUAAAACAGUAAAUGAGUAAACUAAAAUAUUUCAAUCAUAUAAUGACUUGGAACAAUUUGCCAUAAUGGAAAGUAAACUAAUUAACAUCUGAGCUCAGACCUCUCUAUUAUUAUACUCCUUAAUAAAACUCAGUGGAACCUCACAAGAGCAGAAGCAUCUCCAGUCACAUCAACAAACACGCCAAAAACAUCUAGCUCAAAAACAUAAUUAACUAUUGCUAAUAAACUGAUUAAAGUAAUGAUAACGGUACUGAACCACAGUUCAAUUAGCAAUGCUAAUUUCUCCACAUUCCAGUCUAUCUCCAUUUAAACACCAGUGGACAAUGUCAACAAACUUCCAGGCUAUUUGCAUUAUUGUAUAAGAAUGUCUUUUGUCCUUUAACCUUUCUUUCAUAGUUUCAUGUUGUGUAGGUGGACGAUCAUUUCUAUGUCAAUGAAACUUUGCCUGGGGAUAAUUGAAGGUCUGUGCUUUUGUGUAUUAAGGUGACUUAAAGGGGGAAGUGGUGGGACAAUAUCGCUGGUUAAAGGAAAUGUUCCUCCCAAACCAACAAUGGAAAGCAUCUAAUUCAAAAAAUUAUUAGCAAAAAAAAAAAAAAAAAAAAAGUGAAUAAAGGAGGGAAACAAUGUGGAGUGAAUCCAGUCUCGUCAGAGGCUGUCCAACGAGCCAGACGAGGCAGCCCCCUUCUUCUUCUGCUGCUGCUGCUGCUGCUGCUGGUGGUGGUGUAACACUUCUGGAUGCGGUAAAGCCUUGAAGGAGGAGAGAAGCAGAGAGACACCUCCUGAUAGGGAGCCGCUGAUUGACGGAGAGAAAAGCAGAAAGAGAGAGUGUGGAAACAGCCCAUGGUGAGGAAGCCAAAGAGGAGGAGGAGGCGAGGCGAGUGACUAGCAACGGAGAAGAAUAGGUGGUGGUACAGUCCGGGUGUAGACCCUCUUCCUCCAGGCGCUCGGUAGAGAUGGAUCCGCAUUCAGCUCUUAACAACAUGACUUGGCUUGUACUUUCCCUCCUGCUCCUGCUCGGAUGCCAAAAUAGUCUUUGUCAGCAGUCGUCAGAAGCUCAAAAAGAGGAGGACGCCAACGAGGACAGCACGGUUUUCACCAGGAUCCUGGACAGCCUGCUGGAUGGCUACGACAACAGGCUCCGCCCAGGACUCGGAGAGAACGUGACGGAGAUCAAGACGAACAUCUUUGUCACCAGCUUCGGUCCUGUGUCUGACACAGAGAUGGAAUACACCAUAGACGUGUUCUUCCGUCAAAGCUGGAAGGAUGAGCGUCUCUGCUUCAAAGGCCCCAUGGAGAUGCUCCCAUUAAACAACCUGCUGGCUAGCAACAUCUGGACUCCUGAUACCUUCUUCCUCAAUGGUAAGAAGUCCAUCGCUCACAACAUGACCACACCCAACAAGCUGCUGAGACUGAAGGACGACGGAACCCUGCUCUACACAAUGAGGUUGACAAUCUCAGCAGAAUGCCCCAUGCAACUGGAGGACUUUCCCAUGGACGCCCACGCCUGCCCGCUCAAGUUUGGCAGCUACGCCUAUCCAGUAUCAGAGGUGGUCUACACAUGGACUCAAGGAGCUGCCAAGUCUGUUGUUGUGGCAGAAGAUGGUUCUAGACUCAACCAGUACCAUCUCAUUGGACAAACAGCUGACACAGAGGACAUACGCACCAGCCGAGGACAAUACACUGUGAUGAUGGCGCACUUCUACCUGAAGAGGAAGAUCGGAUAUUUUGUCAUCCAGACGUACAUGCCAUGUUUCAUGACUGUAAUCCUGUCCCAGGUGUCGUUUUGGCUCAACAGAGAGUCCGUUCCCGCGCGGACCGUGUUUGGGGUGACUACGGUGCUGACUAUGACCACACUCAGCAUCAGCGCCAGAAACUCGCUUCCCAAAGUAGCCUACGCAACAGCCAUGGACUGGUUCAUUGCUGUCUGCUAUGCUUUCGUCUUUUCAGCUCUUAUCGAGUUUGCCACAGUGAACUACUUCACCAAAAGGAGCUGGGCUUGGGAUGGCAAGAAAGCUCUGGAAGCACAGCACCCUAAGAAACGAGACCCAAUGGUGCUCUCAAAAAAGGCCAACAACGUUUGCUCGGCAGCUGUCAACUAUACCCCCAACCUUACCAAGGACGCGUCCAUCUCCACCAUCUCCAAUACGACGUCGGUGCAGCUGCGGGGUUCAGAGAGCAAACUGGUGGACCCCAAAAAGACGUACAACAGCGUCAGCAAGAUCGACAAGAUGUCGCGAAUAGUUUUCCCUGUCCUCUUUGGAACCUUCAACCUCGUCUACUGGGCCACAUACCUGAACAGGGAACCGAUGGUGAAGGGAGUUGUCGCUUCCACAUAAUCGCUUAUUUUGUUUGUUUUUGUGCAACGUUUAUUCUUUCUGAAACUGAAUUUGUGUAAAAUAAGAAAGGGUUUGAUCCCAAUCAAUCGCUGCUUUAGAAAAAGACAAUUGAUAAAGCAAACAUCUGCGCUUGAAGAACGAAGAAACAUCUAUCUAAUUCAGGCAACCUGAAUGGCUGCAAGAGGUUUCCUUUCCUUUUCUUGAGGACUAAAAAAAACUGCUCUGUAAUGAAGAAACUGCUUUAAAGAAACAGGAGAGUGGCGGCUUUGCUUCCUUCUCGUCUAUCCUGCUGCAGUUUGCAUGACAUUCUCUUUAACUGGAAACUGUGGACUCCUUUGUCUUAAAUACCGACCAUGUAUAUGUCAUCGCUUAAAGUGCAGAGGCUCACUUAGUUUGGAUUGGAAAGUUAAUUUGAAUGGUAAGCAAUGCUGCGAGUAUAUUAAUUUAGCAGUUCUUUUUGCCAUCCACGUGAUGUUAUGUUCCAUUGUACUGCUUCAAAACCCUUAGACACAAGCCUAGAAUCUGAAAAGUGAGAAAAACAAAUUAGGAAACUUGAGAGUUACAUACAAGUCCUCAAUAUUUACAUAAAAAUUUAGUAAAGCAAGAUAUAGAACAAGAAUAUUCGCACAUCUUUUGCGUGAAAGGUAAAAAAAAAAUAGCUGUGAGAGACGGGCUAGCACAGUUUGGGGACUGGGUAUAUGUGAUUCAAAUUAAAUUUUAAGCCUUGCUAACUCAGUCGUGAAACUAAUAUACACAGCUGAGAAGUCAGUUACCUGAAACGCGUUGUGUCACAUACAAAUCAGCAGUGAUGUGGAGCGUUCCAAGACUGUGAUUCUGUGAAGUGACCUGGAUUCAAGAAGCCUUUUAAGCAUCCUUGAGCAAAACACUGUGGCGCUAAAAGCUCCAGGAGGUUUUGCUUUCAGUUUGACUGCAGCUAAAAAUAACAGCUGACUCUUCAUCGUUGUACAAGUAGAUCAUCAAGUAAGAGACAUUUGGGUUUGACUUUUAAUGAAUUGUGCAUUUGUAACCCUGAACAAGCCACGAUAAACUGGUAAUGCUCAGUGUAAAAUGUUUCAAGAGCUACGGUGAAAGAGAUCUGUAAAUGGAAAUGUCAGUGUUGCAUCUCAAGAGUUUUUAUGUCAAGCUUUAUAAAUGUGACCUCUUACUUUAUUUUUACACAUCUAACCUCCAAUAUAAUCACCCUAUUUUCAAUUUGCUUUAGUAAGCUGGGUUUAAGACUUAGGUUUUAUAAACAACUUGCAUCUAAAAUUUUUUUUAAAUGUUUUGCAGUCACCUCUUUUGUUUUGUUUCAGUGGACAUUGACUCUUCUACAUCUAGGGUUAAACAGGCCUCUUUACUAGUCAACUAGAUAUCAACCUUCUCAGCUCUGCUGCUAAAUUGUAGAUAAAAUCAGUUUUUAAAGACGUACUCUGUGCCUGACGAUCUACAAACUAAUUUUAUUUUAUUUUUUUCUUAGGCUUUAAUACAUUUUUGAACACAUGCUAGUAAAAGAUAACACUAUAGCUAUGUUCCUCCCUUUUUGUUUUCUGUCACAAAGCUCAGUCUGCCGAAAGAAAACUCCUCAAAAAUGAUUGUGUUUUGUCUGUAUGCUCUUCCUUUUUUGGCGACAUCAUGUAUGUAUUUAAAAUUGAUGAUUUUCAUUCAAUAGGUUAUAUAAAAGAUAGUCAAAAAAAGGCUUUCUUACUAGCUAGUGAUUCAGGAAGCUCACAGCUGCUUACAGUUUGAUAAAGUCUGUUUUAUAAAGGGGUUCUUUGUGCCUGACUUUCUAAAUAUCCACUAUUUUCUAUUUUAAAAGUCAUCCUCUGACAUAAGAGUAAAAGCUAAAAGCUUAGUGUUUUAGUUUUGUUGCCAUUUUUCCAUGCAGUCUGCAAAAGAAACAUACAUUACAUUUUCUCUUUUCUAUGCCUUUUAUUUUACCCAACAUGUCACUGUUAAGGAAUGUACAUAAAAUUUAAUAACUAAUAAUAAUAAUCAAACAGAAAAGUCUUACAGAAGUGGGUUAAUUAGCUAUUUAUUUAGGAGGCUUUUGCGAUCAGUUACUAGGGGAUAAAAUCCGUCUAUGGGGGUUAUUUCUGUCUAGUUUUAUUUUGUAGGUUAAUCAACAACAUUCACAAAAAAAAAAAAAAAAAAAAAAAAAAACGUCCAAUGCUGACUUUGAAUUUAUUAGGUGUAAGCUCUUGUCUUGUAUCUUUUCCCUCAGGUUUUGUGUGUUUUUACUUCACUCUGUUCUUGAUGUUUGUGAAACAAAACAGACAUUUGAGCUUUUUGUGUAUUUUCUUCUCUAACUGAGACUGUGUGAGGAGAGGUUUGGGAUCAAGGCCGAGGAUCAGGUUCUGUGUCGGGACACUCAGGAACAAAAAGACCAACGUUUGGAGCCAACAUAAUGCCACUCAGUCUGCGCUUCUUGAACCACAUCAUAUCAAAGAUUGUACUUUAUUGGCCAUUUUCUUGGAGAACUUCAGGGCAGAUAAUAUUGUAUCCUAGUCUGAAAAGGCUUUAACUGGGUCUUAAGUUGGCUUUAGUAAAACAGCUCCAAAUGUACAACACUGAUGACCCAUGUGGGUCCCAGUUUUACCUCCAUCACAUCUUUAAGAGCAAUUAACAAACCCAUGAAUAAACUCAUCUGAUGACCAUUUCUCUUUCCAUUUCCUAAACAAACGGGCCCCAUAAAAAAUUGUUGCCUGGGAACAUCAUAACCAAUUUCUUUCCUACAAAUACCCAGCUUCUCACCACAACCGUACCUAAUUUACAUUUAAUGAAGACAAUUGUAUGAUAUUGUGACAGAUAAAAGCUUAGAUCCUGAAAGAAUGUGUACUUUCUUUUUUACAAUAGCUACUUUGCCAAUCAGCUUCUACAGCAUCAUAUUUGUUUCGUGGACCUAAAGUAAACAACAUCAGACCUGCUUGUUUAAGGUGCUUAAUGUGACGUGACAUGUGGCAGGACUGAUGCGUUCUGGUGAGCCGCUGCUUCUGGAUACUCAAAGUGUUGCUGUCUUGUCAGCGGUGCUGAAGUCUCUGUGCUUGUUAGGGUGAAAGGAUGUGGAAUGAAAUGCGGCUGAAGGUUGACACGUCCAUCUGACUGUCCGGCUUGGGUCGACAUGGCAGCCGAGAGAAGAUUAGCAGCGCAGACAAGCUCCCGGGGAACAACCUCUGUCUCUGUGCAUCUCUUCACACAGUAGUGAGUCUUUAAGAUUGUUUGUUGGGUUGAUUUGUAGAGCUGUAAUAAGCAUCUUCAGGUCAUUUUAUGAAAUCUGAUGAUAACCCUUGUGUCCCCAUGGUUAUUUUCCUGACUGCCUUCUCAAAAGCAGCAUUUAUUCCCAGUGCAGAGGAGCACUCAUCAACCUAUCCAUCUGUUCAACCUUCCUUCUCACUAUUGUUAGCCAAGAAACACCCGCCUGCCCCUCACAUCUUGCUUCAGCCUCUGUCACAGACUCAUCUGUCAUACAUCUGCUAGAAAAGGGAUUUAGUUCUGCUUAAGUUGCUUUCAUUCGGUCAGGGGGGCCCCUUACAGCAAAGCACUUUUCUCCGGUUUAAGCCCCGAGCAGCACCCAAUCCUGAUGACAACUGCUUGUUUUUCUCAGUCUGCAGUCUGGACAGAUUUGUGCGUGUUCUGGGGCAAACGCUCGAUUGACUAUGUGCACUUCAUCCAAUGCUAGCUCAUUGGUAGUGAGGUAGACUGGAGUUUUGGAGCUCUCAUUUAUGACUGCAACAGUUGUCUCUACUACAAACAGACAUUCUCCUGCAUGCAA